CCGCAGAGCCCGCCCGGCUCCGGCCUCCCGGGGCUCCGGUGCCGCUGGCUCGGCAGCGCCUUCGCCGUCCUCCCGCCGGACGAGGUGUUACAAUUUCAAGAAAUGCUGUGACAUAUUUGAUGAACAACUGUUCUUCAACAAGAAGAACAAACUGUAUUUGUUGUGUGAAAAUUUUUAAAACUAGAAUGGCCUUGAAAAAGACACCUAAACUAUUUAAGACAUUUUUUCACUGGAAACUCUGGAAGUUUAGCAUUAUUGUGUUUGUCUUUCUGGUAUUUUUAUUUUUAUUACAAAGAGAAGUGGGUGUUCAAGAUUUUAAGGAUGAAGCAGGGAUUGAGCCAGUUGUUGGAAAGAAAAGUCAUGUAUUAGGUCUUGUGUUAAAUGCUAUGAACAAUAUCAAAGGUGCAAAGCCAAAAAUGCAGAUAAAAGCACCCAUUAGGCAAACUAAGGUUCCUGGAGAGAGACUCUGCUUGCCAGGGCACUAUACUCCAGUGGAACUGAAACCCUUUCUAGAUCGGCCCCUUCAAGAUCCCAAUGCUCCUGGAGCUUCUGGCAAAGCAUUUAAAACCAUCAACUUAAAUUCAGAAGAACAGAAAGAAAAACAGGCUGGAGAAGAGAAACACUGUUUUAAUGCAUUUGCAAGUGAUAGGAUUUCUUUACACCGAGAUCUUGGACCAGACACUCGACCUCCUGAAUGUAUUGAACAAAAGUUUAAGCGCUGCCCGCCGUUGCCAACCACAAGCAUUAUCAUUGUUUUCCACAAUGAAGCGUGGUCAACUCUGCUCAGAACUGUCCACAGUGUGAUGUACACAUCUCCUGCCAUACUGCUGAAAGAGAUUAUUUUGGUGGAUGAUGCCAGUGUAGAUGAGUACCUGCAUGAUAAACUAGAUGAAUAUGUGAAACAGUUUCAGAUAGUUAAAGUGGUCCGUCAGAAGGAAAGAAAAGGUCUGAUCACUGCACGGUUGUUGGGAGCUUCAGUAGCAACAGGAGAGACCCUUACCUUCCUGGAUGCUCAUUGUGAAUGCUUUUAUGGCUGGUUAGAGCCAUUAUUGGCAAGAAUAGCUGAGAAUCCUGUCGCCGUUGUAAGCCCUGACAUUGCUUCUAUCGAUCUCAAUACCUUUGAAUUCAGUAAACCAUCUCCUUAUGUGCAUAGCCACAACAGAGGAAAUUUUGAUUGGAGUUUGUCAUUUGGAUGGGAGUCUCUUCCUAAACAUGAGAAUAAAAGAAGAAAGGAUGAAACCUAUCCAAUUAGAACACCUACUUUUGCUGGAGGUCUCUUUUCAAUAUCAAAAGACUACUUUGAACACAUUGGAAGCUAUGAUGAAGAAAUGGAAAUCUGGGGAGGUGAAAAUAUAGAAAUGUCUUUCAGAGUAUGGCAAUGUGGUGGACAGUUGGAGAUCAUGCCUUGCUCUGUUGUUGGCCAUGUCUUUCGCAGCAAGAGUCCCCAUACUUUCCCAAAAGGUACUCAGGUGAUCACACGUAAUCAAGUUCGCCUUGCAGAAGUGUGGAUGGAUGAAUACAAAGAAAUAUUUUACCGAAGAAACACAGAGGCAGCAAAAAUUGUGAAACAAAAAACAUUUGGAGACAUAUCAAAAAGACUUGAUUUAAGGCAGCGCCUGCAGUGUAAAAAUUUUACCUGGUACCUCAGUAAUGUUUAUCCAGAAGCAUAUGUGCCAGACCUGAAUCCUUUGUUUUCUGGAUAUUUAAAAAAUAUAGGUAACCGCAUGUGUCUGGAUGUUGGUGAAAAUAACCAUGGUGGCAAACCCUUGAUUAUGUAUUCUUGUCAUGGACUUGGAGGAAACCAGGACUCGCACUGUCAAGGAAGAUGUUGGUUGGAAUCCAGCCAAUGGGAGACCAGGUGCCCAGGCCUGAGCCACCUUCCCUAUCACGCUAGCAGCCUCACAGUGUGAGGUCAAAGUGGCCUAUCCUGUACUGGCUAAUGCAAGUGAAUAAUGUGAUUCCAUUUGUUCAAGAGGAGCUCUCUUUGGUCCAUAGCUCUUGGAGGCAGCCAUGAUGCUCUGUUCCUUCUGCAAUAUGACUUGCAAUAGAUUUCAGAUACUCAAUUGUUCCAUCAUAACUGUAAUACUAACAAAAAGAACAUCUCCUUCCCUGCCCAGAAAUGCACAUUUCUCUGUUGUUUAAAAGUGAUCCUUAAUAAUUAAAGGUCAGCAAAGCUCUAAAAAUUUUUAUUAGAAUAUAAUUGUUAUCUUAUGGGGGGAGGGUGCUAAUACAUUUUUUUUUUCAAUCUUAAAAAACAUCCAUGGCACAUUGAUGGCACUGUGAAAAUUGAGACACAUAAUCCUAGUCAGGUGAUACUUUCUUCCUGAUAAUUUUUUGUGAGCCAUGGCAUGCUGUCUAGAUUAAGAACUACCCUAUUAUGUUAGCUUCUUACGGGAUUGAAUUUGGGGUUUUAUUUGAUUGUGGAUUAAUACUAUUAGCCUUUUCACAUUGUCACAGUCAUUAAUUUGGGAACCCUGUAGAAAGACAUUGUAUAAAGAGAUCUACUGUAUGUUUCUAUUGUUCUCUUAAGUUAUCUUGGGCUAUACUAAAAUUCUAUUCUUUCGUUUUUUGUUUUCUCUCCUGCUACAAAAUAACAGUCUGAAUCCCUGUAAAUGCCAGCCUUCAGAGACCUGAUUUUGCUGAUAAUG